GGGGGAGAGUUAUUGAUGCGAUUCGCGAGCGCGACCGGUCCCUCAAUCAUUACGUUUACAAUUAUUGCGCGGUAGACUGAGUUUGAUCAGUUCAAAGGUUACAUCUUCAACAAAUCGAAGCAAACUGAAGGUAUCGGAAUCAUACAGUACAAAUCCUAGUUGCUUCUGUCUGCGGACUAGCAGCAGGUAAAGAAUUUAUAAUUACAAUCAAAAUGUCACUGUGGGCAAAAGCACAACAAUUACCACAAGAUGCAUUGCAAGAAGUACGUUCAGUUUAUGGAGAACAUUUUCCGAUUGAGGUCCGACACUUUUUAUCUUCUUGGAUAGAAGAAAAAAUGUGGACUGAUGUAGAACCUGAUAAUCCACAAUAUGAACAAUAUAUAGCUACUCUUGUGAGAUCUCUAAUUCAAGAAUUAGAAACUAAGGCAGCUUCAUUAAACACAGAUGACAUGUUUUUAACAAAAUUAAAAUUAAUGGAAGCUGCAAAAAAUUUUCGUCAGAGAUAUACACAUAAUCCUACAGCAUUAUUUAGAAUAAUCAGACAUUGUUUAGGAACAGAAAUGAAAUUAGUAUCUCAAGUAGAGAAUUUAGGAGGUGCAUUAAUAAGCAUGGCAGGAGGAAAAGUAGGGUUGAUUAGUGAUGCUAUAGCUGAAAUAGCCCAACAUGUUGAGUCUUUGCGACGUAGAACUCAAGAAACUGGAGAAGAUUUACGAAAAAUGGAGCAAGAACAAGAGGCAUUUGCUAUUAGUUAUCAUGAAUGUACUAAGCUAAAUGCACAUCUUCAACAUCUUGCAACACAACCACAAAAUCAACAAAAUUUAGAUAUGGAGAAAAAAAUUAGAAGGCAAAAAGAGCAACAAGAACAAUUACUGAAUCAUAAGGUAGCAGGUUUAAUGCAAUUACGACUGACAUUAGCUGACAAACUGAAAGAUACUAUUACUAGAUUAAAUAGCUUGCAAUCUAGAGUCUUAGACGAUGAACUUAUUAGAUGGAAAAGAGAUCAACAACUAGCAGGAAAUGGUGCGCUAUUUAACAGCAAUUUGGAUUCUAUUCAAGAAUGGUGUGAAAGCUUAGCUGAAUUAAUUUGGCUUAAUCGUCAACAAAUUAAAGAAGCAGAACGUUUAAAGCAAAAAUUUGCGUUAGAACCACCAGGAAUGCAAGAUAUUCUUCCUACUUUAAAUGCCCAAAUUACACAGUUACUUAGUUCGUUAGUUACAAGUACAUUCAUCAUAGAAAAACAACCGCCGCAAGUAAUGAAAACUAAUACUCGUUUUACAAGUACAGUACGCUUGCUUGUUGGUGGAAAAUUGAAUGUUCACAUGACUCCUCCUCAAGUUAAGGUGAGCAUUAUCAGUGAAGCUCAAGCAAAUGCUUUAUUAAAAAGCGAUAAAAUGGCAAAGAAUGGAGAAGCUAGCGGUGAAAUUUUAAAUAAUACUGGGACGAUGGAAUAUCAUCAAGCAACAAGACAACUCUCUGUAAGCUUUCGUAAUAUGCAAUUAAAAAAGAUCAAAAGAGCAGAAAAAAAAGGAACGGAAUCUGUGAUGGAUGAAAAAUUUUCCCUUCUCUUCCAAUCACAAUUUAGCGUUGGGGGAGGUGAAUUGGUAUUCGCAGUUUGGACUCUAAGUUUACCAGUUGUAGUAAUUGUACAUGGAAAUCAAGAACCACACGCAUGGGCUACAGUUACAUGGGAUAAUGCAUUUGCUGAACCUGGAAGAGUACCAUUCGCAGUGCCUGAUAAAGUUCCAUGGGGUCAAGUAGCUGAAGCAUUAAAUGUUAAAUUUAAAUCUGCGACAGGUCGUUCAUUAACGGAAGAUAAUUUACGAUUUCUCGCGGAAAAAGCGUUUCGCGGUGGCAAUGCAAGUGGACAAGACUACUCUAGCUUGCUUUUGAGUUGGGCACAGUUUUGCAAAGAGCCAUUACCAGAAAGAAAUUUUACGUUUUGGGAAUGGUUUUAUGCUGUGAUGAAAUUAACCAGGGAGCAUUUAAAAAGUCAAUGGAUGGACGGUUAUAUAUUGGGAUUUGUGAGAAAGAGACAAGCAGAAGAAAUGUUGGCGAGUUGUGCGUCAGGAACAUUUCUAAUGCGUUUUUCAGAUUCUGAACUUGGUGGUGUUACUAUUGCUUGGGUUGGAGACCAGACUGAAGUUUUCAUGUUACAACCUUUCACAAGCAAAGAUUUUGCGAUACGUAGUUUAGCUGACCGCGUGUCCGAUUUACAACACCUGCUUUAUCUCUACCCAGACAUAUCGAAAGAUCAAGCAUUUUCUAAAUAUUACACGCCAUUUACAGAAAAUCAAUCUACAUCGGCAAAUGGAUAUGUGAAACCGUUUUUGGUAACGCACGUACCUGGUUGGGGUGGGCCUGGUGUCGGUGGUCAAACACCGUCGCAUUCCUCCGUAGUAGGAGUAGGAAGUAGCGGUCAAAGUGGUCCCGGUGGUAGUUAUCCAGCAACACCAUCAACUAUAUUUCAAGCGCACAGUCCAGAUCCCUCUGUAACGCGUGAUACUCCAUCAGUGGCUUCCAGCUACGCUCCGGGCCUUGGCCAGUCAAGCGUUGGGCGAACGAAUCCGGAUAUGGACUAUGUGGAGCUGAUGGGUCACAGCGAACUCCCCUCGAUUGAUGAAAAUCUCAACUUGGAUCACUUUACUUUCUCCGAGUUCAUACAAUCCUACAACACUAAGCCACAAUAGGUAUGUCAGGCGUGAUACAUUUCUUGUGUCUAUCUAUCGAUCAAUUCUCUUUAUUUCUUAUCUCAAUUAUAUUUUUAAUCGUACACACAACGAAUGUAAUGCAUUAUUAUCGUUGUUUUAUAGGGGAGGGAUGUAAAAAUGUUUUCGUCGUUUGCAAUAUAUAUUAUCUUAAAUAUAUAUACACACACGCCUAUUAAAUAGGUUUGUCUCCGAGGAAACAUGGCAUAUCUUUGAUUUUCAUCAUAUAAGAGUGCAAUAUGUUUCAGAGCCAUUAUCAUUUAGUUCUAUUAUAAAUAAAUGAUUGAGAUCGAUCUUUAUGUAGUAACAUUGUUGAGUUGCAAUUAUGUAUGCCUGAGCGUACCAUGUGCAAUGGUAAUCUGUAUGUCGCUUUAUAAACCUAAUACUUAAUUUUCAAUUUUGACUAAAUGCUUGCUAUGUAACAACGGUACAAUUUAAUGUAUGGAGUGUUCAAUUGAGUGAUAUUGAUCGACUGAAAGUAUUCGAGACACACGAUUGUAGAAACUGGUCUUAUUCUACCAUUUAAAUUUUAUUCGAAAACAAACAAUGUUCGUCUCAGUAUCGAACAUUGUGCAUGAAUACUUUACCAUGACCAGGGAAACAUUAAUGUGUAGUGUGCAAUUAUAAUGCUAUAUAUACAGGGUAACGAUAACUGUUUUACGAGUAUAAGAUUAAAUGAACUUUGUGUUUUUCUUUUAAGCAAAAGAUGAUUUACAUUAUCUGAUCAAACUUUUAGUUAUUAAUUGGAAAAAAUGCACAAGAGAAACUGGUAGCAGGUGACGAUCAGAUCUAGAUGUCAGCUGAGAGUAGAAUUGCUAUAAUAAUACGUAGAAUAUAAUACAGACAAUCAUUUGCACGUCCAGCCAUGUAAAUAAUGAAAUAAAAAAAAAGAAGAAUUUUAAUUUACCAAUGGGCCAGCGUGCCGGAAUAAGAAACGGGGUUUGUGCAACGCUAAUAUGAAGUAUGUGUAACAUGUAAUCAGCGUGACCUAAAUAUGUGCCUUAUAAUCUUCGAAUUAAUGCUCGUUAUAUUUUUUGAAAACUCUUAUAGGCAAGUUGCAUGUAUUUUUUAGCAAAAAAUUUUGUCUUCGACUCGCUGUUUAACUUAACUAACGAAUAAAUAUUAUGUUUCUUAUCAUUUAACUCUCUUUUAUAUUGAAACUUAACUUUCAAAAAUUUUUGAAGAAAUUAAAAUUGAAUAUUUCCGUUUGGUGCGUGAUAUUUUUAGUGCGACGUACGACAUGCGACGAAUUUAUAUUUUUCGAUUGUUACCGAAAUAACUUGAACUUUUCGGUGAACUUUUUAGAUCUCUAAGCGUACGAAGUUUCUAUUAUCGGUUAAAAUAGAUAAUUACAUAUUCGUUUCCUAAUAAUCGUUCCCUCCCCUAUAGUUUAUGUACUUUAUUAAAAACUAUGAAUUGUUGCGCGUAUAUAAAACAUCGAUAUACGCUAAAUUUUUGAAUAGGAUUGAAGUCGUCGUUAUCCUAAUUAUAUUUACUAUAUAUAAUAUAAAUAUUAUAUAAUAUUAUAUAUAUAUAUAUAUAUGUACGUAUGAAUCCAUGUACGUACGUAUCUAUGUAUGUAUGAGUGCAUGCAUGUACCUGAUCAUGUACAUGCGUGUACGUACGUACACGUGUAUGUAUGGAUGUAUGUAAAGAUAAACUAAAUUUUGAAAGACUAGUACGUUAAUACUGUUUAUUAUUAAAUCUAUUGUCUAUUAUCUUUUAUCAAAGAUUAGAGUUUAUUUUAUUAUUGAGAACAAUUUUACUGUUUGUAAAAGAUAUACGUUAUUAUUACCUUUAUUCCUCUAUAUAUAAUAAUAAUAAUUAUUGUAUAAGCGUAAAAUAUAAGAUGUGUUCGCAUACCGAAUCGACAUACCGAAUAAAAUAGCUUUUAAUUC